GUGCACGGCUGCCAUUUUUCCCCCGUAGAAAUCUUCCUGAGUAGUUGGACGAGCGAAGACGAAGUGCGAGUUUCUCAGUGACUUUUGGACGGUGUGCUGGAGCCCGUGGACCAGCGGAGGACUCGCGGUGGAGGUGCUUCAACAGAAGCUCCGUCUCUCUGACCUCGGCUCGAGGCGCAGGCGUUAAACGGGUCUGCAGAUGGCUGCUUAGCUCGGCGGGCUAACACUAGCUGCGGCUGUAAACAAACACCAGAGACGGAGGAGACGCUGCUGCUGCUAAAGCUCCGCACAGUCCGCAUCUCUGGUCCUAAAAUCCGGCCCGGGACAGAGCCAACACCGGGAGAGAGGAGAGGGCAGCAGGAGCCGGUUUAGAUGCAACAUGCACGGAUGUUUUCCACACUACUUCAGUUUUGAUGACGGUGCGAGUUUCUCCUAAGCAGCUCGGAGCUCAGUGACUUCAGAGCGGGUCCGGGGGGAAGCACUUGAGGCACGAACACACUCCUGCACGGCGGCAUGUCGUCCUUCUCCGAGUCGGCCCUGGAGAAGAAGCUGACGGAGCUGAGCAGCUCGCAGCAGAGCGUCCAGACCCUGUCUCUGUGGAUCAUCCACCACCGCAAGCACUCAGCCCUCAUCGUCAAAGUGUGGCACCGAGAGCUGAAGAAAGCUAAAAGCUCCAGGAAGCUGACUUUCCUGUAUCUGGCCAACGAUGUCAUCCAGAACAGCAAGAAAAAAGGACCAGAAUUCGCCAAAGACUAUGAGACCGUCCUCGUCGAUGCCUGCUCCCAUGUGGCCAGUGAAGCAGAUGUCGGCUGUAAAAAGCACAUGGAGCGACUGCUGAAUAUCUGGAAGGAGAGGGCCCUGUACAGAGCCGACUUCAUUCAGCAGCUCAAACUGGCCAUAGAAGACUCAAACAGCCCCCGGCCUUCAGAGGAGCCGAAGAAGCCAGUGAAAAGAAGCUACCAAAAGAUCCAUGAAGAAGAAGAUGACGAGGAUGACGACUACAGAUGCCACAACUCUCCCAGAAGCACAGAUGCCUCCGCAACUCAGCUGACAGAGGAGCUGGUGAAGGCCCUGCAGGACUUAGAGAAUGCUGCUUCAGGUGAUGCAGCUGUUCGUCAGAAGAUCGCCUCGCUGCCACAGGAGGUCCAGGAUGUUUCACUGCUGGAGAAGAUCACUGACAAGGAGGCAGCAGACAAGCUGUCGAAGACGGUGGACGAGGCCUGUUUGCUACUGGCUGAGUACAACGGCCGACUAGCUGCAGAACUCGAGGACCGCAGGCAGCUGGCACGCAUGCUGGCCGAAUACAUCGGCAGCCAGAAGGAGGCGCUCAUGGAGAGAGAGAAGAAACUAGAGGACUACAAACAGAAACUGGCGAGAGUGACCCAGGUGAGGAAGGAGCUCAAGUCCCACAUCCAGAGUCUCCCCGACCUCUCUCUUCUGCCCAAUGUGACUGGGGGUCUGGCCCCGCUCCCCUCGGCUGGAGACCUCUUCUCCACCGACUAAGGGGUCUUUGCCCUGAAGAACUACCCCCCCCCCCCCCCCCCCCAAAUCCUCCUCCCCACCUUAACCCAGCCCAUUGAUCGAUUCACAAAAAUACUGCAGCUAUAUCUCCCACCAGAGGACACAUGGUCACACCUCUCACCGCAGAGUAGUCAGCCCACCUGCACGACAAGAGGGAGAGAGGGACACAAGAGGGAAGGUUUGGUGAAAUCAAAAUGCUCUGCAGAGGAGAACAGAGACUCUGUCAUUCUUGAUUUUUCCCUUUCUUGCUCAACCAACAAGGAUUCCACCCCACCAGCUCGGAACAAGAUUGUUUCCUGUUUGUUUUUAUUUUUUUAAUGCUGGAGAUGUCACUGUUCUUGGAGGAGUAAAGAAGCAAAUCUUUCACAGACAUUAAUAUUGGUUUUCAGGGCGUGUCGAUCUGUGUCUUUCUGUGUGCUUCAUUUGUAUCGAGUGAGCGAAGGUGGGCCAAUUGCUCUCCAGUUCUCAGAGUUUGUGACUACACUGUGAAUAGGAUGCAUCAUUAGUUUUAUUUUUUUGGGGCUUUCAGUUAAUGGCUUUUUAUUGAGACAUAGUCUGAUAGAUGGUUUGGAUGCGUGUGUACAAUUAGAGGAGAUACCAGAUUGGGUUCAGUGUAUGUUGGAUUUUGGAUAUUUCAUGUAAAGUCGUCUUUGACGGCCGCUGCAAAACCCACUUGUAUUAAUAACACCAUAUAGUCUGUGAUGAAAAAGGAUUUGUGGAACAGUCUCAUCAUCCUGACAACAUAAGCUUUGGUUGUUUAGUUUUUCCUCAUUUAAAGACUAAAACUGAAAAUUCAAAGAACCCACUUGUUAUCACACUCUUUUUGGACAGAUGCUUGAGAAGGCUAAUUGUGUUCAUGUGUACUAGACAAGCUUUGAGUUUUGGGAAACAAAUUGUCGAAGUUUGAGGAAACAAUUCAGUUUGCUUUCUAAGAAACAUUGUUGGUUUUUUGUUUUUAUGUAAGCGUUUAUGAAAUGCUAAAAUUAAAAAAAAAUGUCGGUAUCAUCUGAAAGAAAAACUGAAGAAAGGUGUCAAAUCAUUAGUUUUAGUGUGUGUUGGGUUGGAAAUAGGGAAAGAAAGAUUAAGAAAACUAGGUCAGAACAGGAAAAUUAAAAAAACUAAACAAGUUACAUUCGACUGUGAAAUUAACUUUAUAAAAAUAUGAAGAAUAACUAAGUCAUAUUUCUUUGUCCCACCUGUGGUAAAGAUUCAAUAUUUUACAAAAAAAUUUGCCUCAGACAAAUUUAAAAACCACUGUAUAAACCCCUUAAUUUAUAAGGAGACCUGUUCCCAAAGUAAUGUUCGGUACAGCAGGAUUUUGUGAACUGCGUCAAACCCAAAACUUUAGUUAUCAUUUGUUUAUCCUGAUCUGAUUUUCAGUUGUCUGUAUGCAAGCAAGAAAGAAUCCUUUAUGGAGAAGUUUUGUGGUAGAACGAGGUGAGAUGUUUACAGAGAAAAAGUCCUCAUUUUGUAAAGCUGUCAGGAGCCAUUCGCAACUUCUGCUGCUGCCGACAUGAGAGUUUUCUAAAGUUAAAGGCGUUUACAAAAAACUUACUCACCUGCUGAUGCAACAAGCGUGGGACGAGUAAUGCUGUUACAAAUCUUUUUCAGUCAACUUCCUGAUCGAUAUUUGAUACAACAUUUAAAUCUUAAAUAAUACAACUAUUAAAGAUAAUAAUAAGAAGGGUUCUGUUUGCCCAGAAAGACUUCAGCAACAUUUUGACCCACUGUGCUAUACUGUUUAUGAGUCAGGUCUUUUCUUACUUUCCUGCUGUGUGAUAUCUGCAGCCUCGCACUGUACCACCAGGACUUUGCCCGUUAGUUUUCUGUAAUGAAAGUAAUUCGGUGGAUGCCAAUAAACUGGAACCAUUUGAACAAUU